GAUAAAGGUACCAUUUUUUUUUUCUCUUUUUAAUUUCUUCUGCAUUUAUUAUUUUUUGAUAACAAUUUUCCUCUGUAGUUUAUUUACUGGUUAUAUAUACAUUUUUGUGAUUUUUCUGUUCAAUUUUCAUUUCAUAAUUUUAUACAAGUAUAUUUUUUGUUGAGUUAUUUAGAGUAUUGUAGUGGAGAGCUCGCUCCACUUGUUAGCGCGCUCGUGCAAGGCAAGUGCGACCCGCUCCAAAAGCGCGACAAAAUCGCGCUGAGUUUCUGGAAAAUCUAUCAGAUUUUGGAGGCGCACCCGCGCCUCCGGAUGGCGCGACCCGCGCCUAGGGCGCGACAAAAUCGCGUCAGGUUUCUGGAAAAUUGGAUUUUUGGAAGAACAAGGAGCGCCCGCGCGAGCAAGUGGCGCGCCAGCGCGCAGGGGGUGGUGCGCCCGUGCCUCCUCGCUCGUCUUCGGUUUUGUGGUUAUUCCCUUUAUAUCGUAUCGAUGCUUUGUUUUUGGAUACACAAAAAAACUCCUUCCUCUCUGAAAUUCUUCCCUCUUUACAUUAUUAUGGAAGAACUUUGCAAACUCUUCUUUAAUCCUCUAUCAUUAAAGUUUAUUGAUUGAGAAUUUAAUUAUCUUAUUACACAUCUUUGUGCUUAGAGUGUGGUGUUGUCUAUUGUAUCUUAAAGUGAGUUUCCGGUUUCAACCCAAGCACCGAGGUGGGGGAAAUUAUCACUUUAGGAAAGUGUAUACACGCCUUAGACAAGUAUCCGGUAUAGAAGACUCACGCGGUCAUUGGUUUUCUCAUGUUCUUAGGUGGUUUUCGGCUUGGAGUGAGGCAAGUAAAGAAUCUUUCAUAUUAGUAUUAUUUUGUUGUAAUUUUUGUUUUACAUUGUUAAUUCAGUGCUUGGUUUGUAAUACUACGUUAAGUAUUUGGUGUUGUAAAUUUCGUUGGAAUUUAUACACAUUCUAGGGUUUGUCCACCAUAGUUAAGUGAUUCUUGUUGUGUAGAAUUGCAUUGUAAACCCUAACAAUUUAAAGUGAUAUUUGAACAACAUGUCUAGUGUGAAAGAACUUACCACAAACUUUGUCAAACUCAAGAAGUUUGACGGUGUGGAAUUUCGACGAUGGAAGAAGAUGUAUUUUCUUCUUACAUCGUUGAAGGUUGCCUAUGUUAUUAGCACUCCUAGACCAGUAGAACAUUAAAAUGAAACAAUAAAGGAUGUGCGUGAGAUAUCUAAGUGGGAUAAUGAUGACUUUAUAUGUCGGGGAUAUAUUCUCAAUGGGAUGGAGGAUAAUUUGUUUGAUGUGUAUCAACAUGUUGAGUCGGUUAAAGAGCUAUGGGAAUCGUUAGAAAGCAAGUAUAUGGCGGAGGAUGCUUCUAGCAAGAAAUUCCUUGUAAGUAACUUUAAUGAUUUCAAAUUUGUUGAUGGUAGAUCAAUUAUGGACCAAUUUCAUGAGAUACAACGUAUUUAUAGUAACUUGAAACAAUAUGGAAUCAAUGUUGAUGAAUUGUUUGUUGUUUCGAGUAUUAUUGAUAAGCUGCCCAAUAGUUGGAAGGAUGUAAAACAUGACUUGAAACAUAAAAAGGAGGACAUAUCUUUGUCCAAUUUGGCUACCCAUCUUCAAAUUGAAGAAGGGAUAAGGGCCAUGGAGAAAGCUAAGGAUGGAAAUCCUAGCUCUUCCACCAUCAAUGUGAUGGAGGAAGGCAAAACUAGUGCUUCAACUAGUGGUAAGAGGAAGAUGUUUAAUUCCUCUAGGGCAAGUCCAAGAAACAAAAGAACAACAACAAGUAUGCUUGUUGGGAAUGCGGUAAGACCGGACACCGCAAGAAGGACUGCUACAUUUUCAAGAAGAAAAUGGAGAAAUCCAAGGAUGGUCAAGCUUCUAAGAGCAAGGACCAACCCACCAAAGGAUGAUGACUCAUGGUGGAUGGAUUCGGGGGCUUCAAGGCAUGUAUGCAAGGUGAAGCAUUGGUUCAAAACCUUUCACAAGGUUGGUGAUGGAGAAGAGCUCUUUAUGAGAAACAACUCUACCAUCAUGGUCCAAGGAAGAGGACAAGUUGAUCUGAUGUUUAGUUCGGGCAAUAGUAUCAUCCUUAGGGAUGUAUUGUAUGCUCCUAGUAUUUCUAGAAAUCUUGUAUCAGGCCCAACCCUGAAUAGACUUAGAUAUUAACUAGUUUUUGAAGCAGAUACAUGUAUUAUUACUAAGGGUAGCACUUUUAUCGGACGUUGUUAUUUGUCUCAUGGUUUGUUUAAACUCUCAUUAAGAGAGAAGUCUGUAAUGUUGGAUGAUGUUGUUUUAAUGUUGGUAAUGACAAUAUUAUGAAUUUGUUUU